AUGGAGGCCACGGAAAGAAUCAUGGAUGAUUUGGACUUUACCUAUGAACAGAAUUUGAAAGGGGCUGCUUCAUUGCAUCGUGAUGAAGCAUACCAAUGGUGGCUGACCGUUAAGGAGGGCACUCAGCCCGAGCGACUGACAUGGGAUUUCUAUAAGUCUGCUUUCCAAGGUAAAUAUAUGGGGGCAAGCUAUAUCGAUGCUAGGAGACGUGAGUUUAUGAAUCUCUCGCAAGGGGAUCGUACAGUGGUCGAGUAUGAGGGUGAGUUUUUGAGAUUGAGCAGCUAUGCGCGAGGAAUGGUGAGGACUGAAUAUGAGCGUUGUGUCCACUUCAAGGAUGGACUAAGGGAUAGUUUGAGAGUUCUGAUAGCUCCACAAAGGGAGUGUGACUUUUUAGCACUGGUAGUGUAA